GAGAACCCCGCCCCCCGCCAGUCGUGUGUGUCGUAUGUGUGUUUGGGCUAGCGCGGGUCGUGUGUCUUCCAGUUUUGCGCCGCCGCCCCCUGCUCCCCUAAGUUGCUAGCCCCCGUGGGUGUCGCAGGUCACCAUGGGCCAGGAAGAGGAGUUACUGAAGAUCGGCAAGAAGCUGGAGAAGAUGGUGGCCAGGAAACACACGGCAGGGGCCCUGGACCUUCUGAAGAAGCUGAACAGUUGUCAGAUGUCCAUCCAGCUACUACAGACCACCAGGAUUGGAGUUGCUGUUAAUGGGGUCCGCAAGCACUGCUCAGAUAAGGAGGUGGUGUCCUUAGCCAAAGUCCUCAUCAAAAACUGGAAGCGGCUCUUGGACUCCCCAGGGCCCCCCAAAGGAGAAAAAGGAGAAGAAAGAGAAAAAGCAAAGAAGAAUGAAAAAAAACAUGAUUGUGCAGACUGGAAGCCAGAGACAGGUCUUUCUCCACCGAGGAAGAAGCAAAAGGAAGAGCCCAAAGACAGGAGGGACUCCACAGACUCCAAGUCUUCUGCCACCUCCUCUCCGAAAAGACCAUCAAUGGAAAGAUCAAACAGCACCAAGUCAAAAGCAGAGACCCCCAAAACACCCAGCAGCCCCCUGACCCCCACGUUUGCCCCCUCCGUGUGUCUCUUGGCCCCCUGCUAUCUCACAGGAGACUCUGUCCGGGACAAAUGUGUGGAGAUGCUGUCAGCAGCCCUGAAGGCAGAUGACGAUUAUAAGGACUAUGGGGUCAACUGUGACCAGAUGGCAUCAGAAAUCGAAGAUCAUAUCUAUCAGGAGCUCAAGAGCACAGACAUGAAGUACCGGAACCGUGUGCGGAGCCGGAUCAGCAAUCUCAAGGAUCCCAGGAACCCAGGCCUGCGACGCAAUGUGCUCACUGGCGCCAUCUCUGCUGGCCUCAUUGCCAAGAUGACGGCAGAGGAAAUGGCCAGCGAUGAGUUGAGGGAACUGAGGAACGCCAUGACCCAGGAGGCCAUCCGUGAACACCAGAUGGCCAAGACCGGUGGCACCACCACUGACCUCUUCCAGUGCAGCAAGUGUAAGAAGAAGAACUGCACCUAUAACCAGGUGCAGACACGCAGUGCUGAUGAGCCAAUGACGACCUUUGUCUUAUGCAAUGAAUGUGGCAAUCGCUGGAAGUUCUGCUAAUGGA